AUGACCAUCAUGGUUUUCAAGGGAUAUUUCAAAUGCGGAUUUAUAUUUUCCCUUUUUUUGCUGGAUUCUGCGUUUGCUCAGAUCGUCUAUUCCGUACCGGAAGAGGUAAAUAAGGGGACAGUUGUUGGGAAUAUAGCGAGAGACCUGAACUUGAAUGUUCAUGAACUGGAAUCUCGUAUGUUUGAGAUUGUGUCUGGAUCAAAUAAGAAGUAUUUUGAUGUAAAUCUGAAAACUGGCGCUCUGUUUGUUAAUGAAAGAAUUGACCGCGAAGAGUUAUGUCUGUCGAAUCAGAAAUGCUCUUUGAAUAUAGAGGCCCUUGCUAAAAAUCCUCAUCGUCUUUACAGAGUGGAUAUUAAGAUCUUGGAUGUAAACGACAAUGCGCCUCAUUUUCCUGUUAAAGUAUUUACUGUGAAUAUUACCGAAAUCGCAAGCCCUGGAGAGAGAUUUCCUCUCCCUGUAGCCGAGGACUCUGAUGUUGGCAGUAAUUCGCUGAAAGAAUACAAACUGAGUCCGAAUGAACAUUUCAGUCUAGAUACACAGAGUGAAGACCAGAGUGUGUCUGCCGAGUUAGUGCUGAACAAAGCUUUAGAUCGAGAGAAACAAGCAACAAUUGAUGAUCUCUAUUUCGUCUCGUGUUCCCUGAAUGCAAAAGAGAAAUACUCGUGUUUACAUUUUUGCCACUUGAGAAUGACCAUCAUGGUUUUCAAGGGAUAUUUCAAAUGCGGAUUUAUAUUUUCCCUUUUUUUGCUGGAUUCUGCGUUUGCUCAGAUCGUCUAUUCCGUACCGGAAGAGGUAAAUAAGGGGACAAUUGUUGGCAAUAUAGCGAGAGACCUGAACUUGAAUGUUCAUGAACUGGAAUCUCGUAUGUUUGAGAUUGUGUCUGGAUCAAAUAAGAAGUAUUUUGAUGUAAAUCUGAAAACUGGCGCUCUGUUUGUUAAUGAAAGAAUUGACCGCGAAGAGUUAUGUCUGUCGAAUCAGAAAUGCUCUUUGAAUAUAGAGGCCCUUGCUAAAAAUCCUCAUCGUCUUUACAGAGUGGAUAUUAAGAUCUUGGAUGUAAACGACAAUGCGCCUCAUUUUCCUGUUAAAGUAUUUACUGUGAAUAUCAGUGAAAACGCAAGCCCUGGAGAGAGAUUUCCUCUCCCUGUAGCCGAGGACUCUGAUGUUGGCAGUAAUUCGCUGAAAGAAUACAAACUGAGUCCGAAUGAACAUUUCAGUCUAGAUACACAGAGUGAAGACCAGAGUGUGUCUGCCGAGUUAGUGCUGAACAAAGCUUUAGAUCGAGAGAAACAAGCAACAAUUAAGUUAGUUCUCACUGGAGUAGAUGGAGGAAAGCCACCUAAAUCCGGAACAUUAAAUAUUUUUAUAAACGUCAUGGAUGUUAAUGACAAUAAUCCAGUGUUUAGUCAGCCUCUUUACAAAGUCAAAUUGAGGGAAAAUGUUGCUACUGGUACUACAAUUUUAUCUGUGUUUGCUUCUGAUUUGGAUGAAGGCAUAAACAGUGAAAUCCUGUAUUCAUUUGUUGGUCAUGGCAAGAGAAAAUACCUUUUUUCCAUUAUCCCCGAGACUGGAGAUAUUGUUGUAAAAGGGCAAAUAGAUUACGAAGAGAAUCCUGCCAUUGAGUUACGAGUUCAAGCGAAAGAUAAAGGCAGCCCACCAAGAAGCACACAAUGUAAAAUUUUAAUAGAAGUUGUGGAUGAAAAUGACAAUGCACCAGAAAUAACUGUGACUUCUCUUCUGGAGAGCGUGAAAGAAGACACAAAUUCAGAAACUGCAGUUGCUUUAGUCACAGUGUCUCAGCGCUCCAGUGAUCAGCACACAUCCAGACGGAAGCUGGUCCUUCUCUAAAUCCACACAACAGUACGACGUGUGUUUUAGUUCCGACACAAUAAAGAGUGAUGUAGUCGUUUUCC